AUGGCCGACUCGGACUCUGAGCCUGCAAUGGCCUUUGAUGUCGAUACCGUCUUCUCACAGUUGAAGCAGACCGACAAGAUCGCCUUGCUCUCUGGCAUUGAUUUCUGGCAUACUCAUCCCAUACCAGCGCACAAUGUACCAUCAGUACGGUUCACUGAUGGGCCAAAUGGUAUCCGAGGAACCAAGUUCUUUGCUGGUGUUCCAGCCGCAUGUUUACCCUGCGGCACAGCACUUGGUGCCACCUGGGACAAGGCGUUGCUGAGAAAGGCAGGAAAGUUGAUUGGAGACGAAUGCAUUGCCAAAGGUGCUCAUGGAUGGCUGGGACCGACAGUCAAUAUGCAGAGGUCUCCCCUUGGUGGCCGUGGUUUUGAAUCCUUCUCGGAAGAUCCGCAUCUCGCGGGCACGAUUGCCGCCUCCAUGAUCAUUGGUUGUGAAAGCACUGGUAUCAUUUCCACGGUCAAGCAUUUUGUUGGAAACGACCAGGAACAUGAAAGACGGGCAGUAGACUGUCUCAUUGCUCCCAGAGCAUUUCGAGAAGUGUACCUUCGACCAUUUCAGAUUGUAGCACGAGAUGCAAAUCCCGGUGCACUGAUGACUUCUUACAACAAGAUCAACGGUAAACACGUGGUGGACAACCCAGAAUUAUUGCAAGACCUCAUUCGAGAUGAAUGGAAGUGGGACCCUCUGAUUGUCAGUGAUUGGUAUGGAACUUAUACAACUAUCGAUGCCAUGGUGGCAGGCCUCGAUCUCGAAAUGCCUGGUGUUUCACGAUACCGGGGCAAAUAUAUUGAAUCUGCAGUCCAAGCACGUCUGAUCAAACAGUCAACAAUCGAUGCCCGAGCUCGUCGCGUCCUGAAGUUUGUCCACAGAGCUAGCCAGGUCAAGGUGUCAGAAGAAGAGGUAGGACGCGAUUAUCCUGAAGAUCGUGCUCUAAAUCGUCUUGUCUCGUCCAAUGCGAUCGUUCUCCUCAAAAAUGAGAGCAGCAUUCUCCCUCUACCUAAGACUCUCAAGAAAAUUGCUCUUAUCGGGUCUCAUGUACGGACGCCACAAAUCUCUGGUGGAGGCAGUGCGACCCUUCUCCCCUACUAUACCGUCUCUUUACAUGAUGCCGUCACCGAAGCUGUACCAGGUGCAACCAUUACACAUGAAGUCGGUGCAUAUGCCCAUAGUAUGCUGCCCGCAAUCAACUCCAUGCUGCGCAAUGCAAUCAUCCAGUUUUACAACGAGCCCCCAAAAGUUACAGAUCGGAAAUUACUUGGUAUUGAACAUGUCAAGUCCGCGACUUUCCAGCUAAUGGAUUAUAACGAAAUCCCAGCACUGAACAGAGGCAUGUUCUGGGGUUCUCUCAUUGGAGAGUUCAUCCCGGAAGCCACUGGCACAUACGAUUUUGGUCUCACCGUCUUUGGUACUGCCAAUCUCUACCUCAAUGACGAGCUCAUCAUCGAGAACACGACCAACCAGACGCGAGGCACAGCAUUCUUCGGCAAGGGAACAGUCGAAAAGAUCGGGUCCAAAGAAAUGGAAGCUGGCAAAUCCUACAACAUCCGCAUAGAAUUCGGUUCUGCCAACACCACAACGAUGGAGACCAUUGGUAUGGUCAACUUUGGAGGAGGUGCAGCGCACCUCGGAGCCUGUUUGAGAAUGGGCCGCGAGGAAAUGGUUCAGCGGGCAGUGGAUGCAGCCAAAGAGGCUGAACAGACCAUCAUCUGCACGGGACUCAGCGGCGAGUGGGAGUCCGAGGGCUUUGACCGUCCUCAUAUGGACCUCCCUCCCGGAAUCGACGAGAUGAUCAGCCAGGUCCUGGCGGUGGCACCGAAUGCCGUGAUCGUCAACCAGUCUGGAACGCCGAUCUCGAUGCCCUGGGCUGACCAAGCCAAAUGUAUCGUGCAAGCAUGGUACGGAGGCAACGAGGCCGGCCACGGCAUGAGCGAUGUCUUAUUCGGUGACGUGAACCCCAGUGGCAAGUUGCCGUUGUCGUGGCCCGUCAGCGUCAAGCACAACCCGGCCUACCUCAACUAUGCCAGUGUUGGAGGUCGUGUACUGUACGGAGAGGACGUCUACGUUGGCUACAAGUUUUACGAGAAGACGGACCGAGAAGUCCUGUUCCCCUUCGGCCACGGCCUCUCCUACACAACCUUCGCCCUCUCAUCCACCGAAGUCCGCCUCGACCCAGAAGUCUUCACGCCAGAAAACCCCAGCGUGGCGGUCGUGAAAGUCAAGAACACCGGCGCCGUCUCAGGCCAACAAGUCCUCCAACUCUACAUCAGCGCGCCGACAUCACCGACGCCGCGCCCGCUCAAAGAACUGCACGGCUUCGAGAAGAUAAUGCUGCAGGCCGGAGAAGAGCAGGAAAUCCGCAUCCCCGUGGACAAAUAUGCCACGAGCUUCUGGGACGAGAUCGAGAGCAUGUGGAAGAGCGAGGCUGGCACAUACGAGGUUUUGAUCGGCACUUCGAGUCAGGAGAUCCUGGGCACUGGCAAGUUGGUUGUUCCUGAGACAAGGUAUUGGCUCGGUCUUUAG